AUGGCCGUCUCACGCCUACUGUUGCCACUCCUCGCUCUCGCGGGGAGUGUCGUGGGCGAGCUGCAGCCGAUUGAAGUCAAGGGCUCCAAGUUUUUCUACAAGAACGGAACCCAAUUCUUCAUGAAGGGAAUCGCGUACCAGCAGGAGCUCGGCCCUGGAUCGAGUGGCAACGGCCUUUCGUACGUCGAUCCCCUCGCCGAUGAAGAGUCGUGCAGACGGGACGUUCCUCUUCUGAAGGAGCUGGGCACGAAUACGAUACGGACGUACGCAGUCGACCCGACUGCCGACCACUCGGCUUGCAUGAAGUUGCUCGACGAAGCCGGCAUCUACGUCAUUUCGGACCUCGGAAACCCCCUCGAAUCCAUCAACCGCAAUACUCCCCAAUGGAACACGGCUCUUCUGAAGCGAUACCUGCUCGUGGUGGACGAACUGGCCAGGUACUCCAACGUCAUCGGCUUCUUCGCCGGAAACGAGGUGACGAAUGCCAAGAACAACACGGACGCCACGGCCUACGUAAAGGCCGCCGUGCGGGAUGUCAAGAAGCACAUCAAGGAGAGCAAGGAGAUUACCCGCUGGCUCGGCGUUGGCUAUGCCGCCAACGACGACCCGGAUGUCCGCGACAACAUGGCCGACUACUUCAACUGCGACACCGUCGAGGACUCGAUUGACUUUUGGGGCAUCAAUAUUUACUCGUGGUGCGGCGACAGCGACAUGAAGACGGCCAGCUUCGGCAAGCAGAUGGACUUUUUCCGAAACUACUCUCUCCCUACUUUCUUUGCCGAGUACGGCUGCAACCAGGUCCCGGGCGGUGCCGAGGGCCGGCUGUUUACCGAAACGACGGCUCUGUACUCGGAUGAGAUGACCGAAGUCCUCAGCGGCGGCAUCGUCUACAUGUACUUUCAGGAAACGAACGACUAUGGUACGCCGCAUCGCGCACCCGCCUUCCCUCCCAGUUCCCCCUCCCCUCCUGAUCAUCAAUCACCGCCGCCGGUGCGCUCGCUCAUCUUCCUCCCAGGUCUUGUCAAGGUUGAAAAGGGCAAAGCCAAGAAGAUGAAGAACUUUGCUGCUCUGAAGAAGCACGCCAACGGCGCCCGCCCGACGGCACUGCACAUUGACGACUACAAGCCUGCCGGCAUGAUGCGCCAGUGUCCGGCCGUCACGAGCAACUGGGAGCUGAACAAGGCCCUCCCUCCGACGCCGGAUCAGGGUGUCUGCGAUUGCAUGGUAAAGUCUCUAUCCUGCGCGCCAGCAUCCGACAUUACGGCAGAGAAAAUGGGCGAGGUGUUUGGCAUCAUCUGUGGCAGGGACCCGUCAGCCUGCGUUGGCAUCAGCGGCAACCCUGCCACCGGUAUCUACGGCGCGUACAGCAUGUGUGACGACAAGGCCAAGUUGGCCUUUGUUCUCGAUGCCUAUCAUCAGAAGCAGAACGGUGAAGCCGGGUCCUGCGACUUUGGUGGUGCCGCAGCUCCGCAGACGCCCUCGAAGGACGCCUCUUGCGCGGCGUCCCUGUCCUCCGCAACAGAUGUCAACAAGUGGGCUGCGAGUGCCACCUCGCCGGCCGGAAAGGCGACAAAGAGUGAGGAAAACACGGGCGCCCACGGCGUGUCUUUCCCACCCGCCUUCUCCGCCGGUCGCCUGAUGAUUCGUCUCUACACUGUCGUUGCGCUGAGUGCUGGCGUGGCCGUCAUUUUAUUCUAA